AACCCUGGGAUGUGGGUAUAUAAGACCGCGCCUCCAGCACAGCGCCGCCGCCGCCGCUGCUGCUGCUGAUGCUGCUGCCGCCUUGAGAGCCGGGACUAGGCACAAGGGCUCAUUCCUACGCUAGCCAGAGGCCGGGGAGAGGAGCACAGGGCGCGAGUGGGGUCCAGCCCGGGGGUCCAGCCCGGGGCUUCCGCUUCACCUCUGGGGCAGACGCGGGACCCUCUAACUUCUACUUCCUCUCCUUCAACGCGCACCCGCCGUGUGGUGCGCUCUAGCCCAUCACACCCGCGCGCGGCAAGAGCGCGCCCGGCUGCAGGCCCCGCCGAAGGCAAUGAGUGCAGGCGGCCGGCCAGCUGGGCUCCGGCGGUGGGAGUAGGGUCCGGAGGGGAGGCAGGGAGGCUCAGAGGUUAGAGCUACCGCUGCGCGGCGGGCAGAGGCAGUCUUCGCUCUGCGCAACACCUGCUGCUGUCGCCGCGCCGCGAUGAGCCGCGUGGUCUCGCUGCUGUUGGGCGCCGCGCUGCUCUGCGGCCACGGAGUUUUCUGCCGCCGGGUGGUCAGCGGCCAAAAGGUGUGCUUUGCUGACCUCAAGCAUCCCUGCUACAAAAUGGCCUACUUCCAGGAACUGUCCAGCCGCGUGAGCUUUCAGGAGGCACGCCUGGCUUGUGAGAGCGAGGGGGGGGCCCUCCUCAGCCUGGAGAAUGAAGCAGAACAGAAGUUAAUAGAAAGUAUGUUGCAAAACCUGACAAAACCAGGAACAGGGAUUUCUGAUGGUGAUUUCUGGAUAGGGCUUUGGCGAAACGGAGAGGGGCAAACAUCUGGUGCCUGCCCAGAUCUCUACCAGUGGUCUGAUGGAAGCAGUUCCCAGUACCGAAACUGGUAUACUGAUGAACCUUCCUGUGGAAGUGAAAAGUGUGUUGUGAUGUAUCAUCAACCAACAGCCAAUCCAGGCCUGGGGGGGCCCUACCUUUACCAGUGGAAUGAUGACAGGUGCAACAUGAAGCACAAUUACAUCUGCAAGUAUGAACCAGAGAUCAUUCCAACUUCUCCUGUAGAAAAGACGUAUUUUACAAAUCAGCCAGGAGAUACCCAUCAAAAUGUGGUUGUUACUGAAGCAGGCAUAAUUCCCAAUCUAAUCUAUGUUGUUAUACCAACGAUCCCACUGCUUUUAUUGAUACUGGUCGCUUUUGGAACCUGCUGUUUCCAGAUGCUGCAUAAAAGUAAAGGAAGAACAAAAACUAGCCCAAACCAGUCCACGCUGUGGAUUUCAAAAAGCACCAGAAAAGAAAGUGGCAUGGAAGUAUAAGAAUCCAUUGACUUGGCUCCAGCACAGAAAACAGAAUUUUAGAAUUCUGGAUCUGCAUAAGGAAUGGCAUCUAGAGCAUUCGCUUGGAAUGGCUUGAAAUCUCAGAGGAUCUGCAAGAUGAACUGUAAGCUCCCCCUUGAGGCAAAUAUUAAAAUAAUUUUUAUAUGUUGAUUAUUUCAUUUACGAAAUACGCUGUGCUAACAAUGGAGUGAGACAUGCUUAUCGCUAAAGGAUGCACCCAACUUCAAGUAAAUGGAAUGGACCUUGCAAAUAAAGUUGCUGUCAACACAUUAGAGAAGUGUAUGUGUUGGAGGCAGUUAUUUUUGUUUCUUUCACCUUUCAUAAGUUGUAAUCUAGUUCACGUAAUGUAAAUUGUAUUAAAGUUUACAGUGUGCAAAAAUAUUUUACCUUUACAUAAGUGUUUGAUAAAAAUGGACUGUUCUAAUAUUUAUUUUUAUGGUGUUUCAUUUUUCAAUACAUGCUGUUUUGAUUAAAGAAAUUUAUCACUAUUUUCAGCUGAAUCCACACACACAUAGAUAUAUUACCACAGAAAAUGUUUCUUUUCUAGAAAUGGUUCAUCUUCUUUCAGUUUCUCUGCUCUGGGGUCAGACAGUGUUUAGGAAAUCUCUUCAGAAAUAAGAAGCUAUUUCAUUAACUGUGGUGUAAAUUUACUCAAAUAUUUUACUUAGAGGCAAGAACUGUCUAAUUUCAAUUGUGCAAGACAUGUGCCUUACAAUUAUUUUUAGUUUAAAAUUCAACAGAUUUUGUAAUAACUUUGUUAAUAGCUGUAUAAACAAUAUUAUACUCCGUCUAGAACAAAAAAAUGGCAUACACAAUAUAAAUCAUAUGUCUUCACAUGUUGCCUAUAUAACCACAAGUAGCUCUCUAAGGGGUUCUGGAAUCAAGUUGGUCCUUCCCUUGCCCACAAAACAAAGACAGUUGUUGGGGGUGGGGAUUAGCAGUGAAAGCAGCUGCAGAGUGUGCCUAAGGUUUUCCAUAGCUCUGUUCAGCCUCCAUUAGCAUGUAAGGUGGUCUUAUGGUUGGGACCAGGUGCGUCGUCACCACCGUCCAUGUGGAGGUAAGCACAGCACACCGACAUUUCAUGAAGGAGAGAAACUAUGAUUUAGUGUGAAAAUGGGUUGGAGGGCAUCAGUGAUCAUGUGUUCGUGUUGAGGAUUCGUCUGAGAGAGUGAACUGCGGCUCCUCUUGUCUUCUGCUAGUUUCUUCAAUGCUUGUGUCUCCUUCUCAAGAGACUUGUAACUAUCUGGUCUUCAAAUGUCCCUGUGUUCCUUUUAACUAAAUAAAAAGUUCUUGUUUCUGACGAAUGGCCGUGGGUGUUGUCUAAAUCUUUUAAGUGAACAAAAUAUCGAUCUGUUUGCAUCAGCACAUGAAGAUGAAAACAAAUUACUGUUAAAGUAUGGUAUGAAUGGAAGUUGGAGUUA